UGUUCCCAAAUCUCAUCCCCAUCCAUCUUCGCCUUCUACAACUUCAUCAAUAUGUACCAGUCUCAUGUCGUUCAAGGUUUUCUCGGCCUUUGAGAAAUAAUCAUACCUGCUGAAUCAUAGGUUCAUCUGGAAUAAAUAAAAAUCUCUAUGAACUGAAAAAACUUAAUUCUAUAAUGGGGCGACUUGAACCCUUAACUUCCCUAGCUCUAGGUAGAUCGCCAUACGAUGAUGUCGUCCCGGGGGAAGGAGAGGCAGACCCUCAUGAGCCUGAAAAGCAGUACGACUCAACAGGGCGUAUUGUGAACCCUCGAACAAAGAGGAUCAUCAAGGACAUUAUCCGUGCCCAUAAUGAGGUGAUGCUAGUAAUUGGUGUCGCCGAACCUGAGAAUGGUGGUAUCAGUCUAGCCGAACAGGAAAUAACGAGGCAGUACCAUGAGUAUGAAAGCGAUACGGGAAAGACUUUGUAUCAAGCGGGAUCUACUCUCGGUAUUAUAUGUACCUGGGGUGUUCUCAAUAUCCGACGACGCAUUCUGGUAUACAAAAGGCACGCAGAUGUCUCAUUCUUUCGCAUGAUACAGGCGGAGCGUAGAAAUCAUUCCGUCUUACAAUUAUGCUCUGCGGGCUAUCCGUGCCACCUAGUCAUGCACGCAUUGCGGUUGACCUCUAGGUACAUGAGGAUAUUUACAAGCAGAGGAAAAAAUCCUUGGUUCCAUGCCGCCAUCGAAUACAUUCGAUUUCAUUUACACCUAUUUCUGACAAUGCAGCGUUUAGAUUUGGUACCCGCGUCUCAACUGCUUCCAGGCCCAAAGUUCUUUAUACCUUUCUCCAGUUCAUCUCCAUUCGUUGCGCCACCUCCAAUCAAAUCAAUCAGUAUCUCGACCAUCUCCAGUUGGACCGGUCAAUUGAUUAUCGGAUUAGCACCUUACGCGGCAUUUUAUGUUUGUGGGUUCAUAUGGCAGUCAACGUGCGCUGCAAUGAGGAUCUCUAUACGAAAGCAUCUGCCGCGGCCUCUUCUAAAUUUCCCGACCAACAGUCGAAUUUCGGGGUCCAUUAGCACAACUCACAGACCAGCUGUCCCGGAAUCGCCAACUCUAGGAGCAGCUGAUAGAGAUAUCAGACAUCAGAAUCCGGAAGUCGAUGUUGCAACUUCGUUAGUUCUAGAUGUCCAAUCCAAUAGUGAAGCAGUUCCAGUUGGCUCGAUCAGAAGACAGAGCACGUUUUCGAGCCGAGGCGGAGAAGACUAUGGGACGGACGACGAGGACUCUGAGAUGGUCAAUCCUACACUUAUUAGCUUUGACGUGGAUACAAGUGAAUCUACGGAACCACCUACUGGUGUUUGGUCAGCUGAGCUGCGACCAAGUGUUCCAGGGGACUCUCGUCAACAACCCAAAGAAGCACCUUGUUAUAUCGUCAACCCACUUACCAAUCUGCCUUGCUCAUUCGCAGCAGACAUACUAGCCAACUUUGUUACAAACAUCCUUUUCCUACCCAUUGAUUCUCAUGCAUUCCCGAUGGUAGCACGGGCGCUUGCACGCAGGAGUGGCCUCCCCUAUGAAGAUAUGUAUGUUCGAGGCUUCCUAGGAGGCCUGACAUGGCGUGGUGUUCUUAAUAUUCUCCAGCUUGACAUAGUCAAGUUGCUCAUCUCUGGCGAAGUCUGGGUUUUUACUACUGUAAUUUCCCAAUGGUUACAUGUUACGGAGGAAGAGUGGAAGGAAAUACGCAAGGAGGAAGACCAAGAAUGAGCGAAUACCCCUGGAGGGUUUGCUCAAAGAACUUGAUGUUCCUCGUCCGUUACACCUACUGCUGGUACAAAACCAGAAACGAAUUCGGCAAUGAACUGAAGGUUUAUUGACGUGCUUGCCUCGGCUAAGAUCAUGUCGUGGUGUCUGUACUAUAUGGGCGGCGAAAUAAUAAUACGCACUAUGGCGAUUAAGCGAUUUAAUGGUACCAGUAUUAUAAGGGGUAAAGCGGGAACAGGUCGGACUAUCAGCAAUCCGCACAUAAAUAUACAUGAUGUUUAUCCAAGCGGACUACUACGGUAGCACUUUGUAGAGUGCCGGGAUUACACGAUACUGCUCCAAUGCUGUACCCACCUAUGCACAGAUAAGAAUCUGCAAAAAAGUGAGCCCCAGACAAAAAAACUAUUACAACU